AUGGAGGAAACUCGAAGUGAUUCACCGGAUACCAAUCAAGGGCAAAAUUCGAAGACGUCGUUUUUGAUUGAGGAUAUAUUGUAUCGCGGUCAGAGGACCUUUAAGCAGCCUGAUCCUAGGCGAUUUGAAUAUGAUAGGGAGCCUAAAUAUUUUCCUGUGACGAAUGAAGUUCGACCAGUGCCUAGAGAAGGGUCGUAUUUACAAGUGAUGGGUGCUUUGGGCGCGUAUCUUCAUACGCCAAAUACAUAUAAAGCAGUGGAAACGCCGUAUUUUCUUUCUCAAGGUGUUCCUUACCAUGCUUUGUUCACUCCAUCCGAGCUAUCUCUCUCCGCACUGAAGCACUGCCGACGAAGGAAAGCAAGGACCGUCUUCUCCGAUCCUCAACUUACGGGUCUAGAAAAACGCUUCGAGUCUCAACGUUACUUGUCAACUCCUGAGCGGGUGGAGUUAGCAGGAGCUCUCAACUUAUCAGAGACCCAAGUGAAGACCUGGUUCCAGAAUCGACGGAUGAAACACAAGAAGCAAAUGAGAAAACAACAGCAACAAAGAGGUUCUAUUGCUGUGGAUUUUACGACAAAACAUCCAUCACAACCUGUGGAAAGAAAGGAGGAUUCUAGAAUGUCGACUACACAAACUUCAGAGUCGGAAACGGAGCAUAGUGACAGUGACAUCGAUAUCGUGGGGGAAAGCAACUACACAAAUUACAAUGGCACG